UUCAAACACAAACUUGCUUGUACAUUGUACAUUGCUUGGCCUUGACGCCUGCAGUCUUCUCAUCUGCCUUCGCCGUCCCUGGACCGUCUGCCUUUUGACUUCUGCCCUGCUUCUGUGCUUCUGCAUCUGCAUUGCUUUCGAUGGGUCGAGAAAUGAAUCACAAGAAGCAAGAGAAGUCUAAAAAGAAGCUGCCAAAUGGGGUCAAGCAGUACCAAAGAAAAAGACACUAUUUGGAUUCGUGGAGCAGCAGCAGUCAGGAAGAAAGCACUAAUUCAGAGACAGAAGCACUCUCUCGCAAACUCAAGCGUCACCACGAGCUGAAGGAAAGCAAACGUGGGCACUCGUGCCAGCACGGCCAUCACAAACGCCAGAUAUCGGACAGACCAGGCGAGAGAGAGGUUCGUCAAUCAAGACCAGCCAAUCGCCGUCGUGGCAGCCACUGCCGGUGUUGUCGUUGCACCCACUCAGAGUCUCCUUCGCCAGUUGCCAGCAGAUCAAGGGUGUCACUCGCCGCCCACCAGACAGUUGUUAAAACUGAGCCAAGAAUGGAAGGGUUUGAAACUCAGCCAAAUGAGUUUGAGGAUGCAUGCUCAUUGAAUUCUGAUGACUCGGUGGAAGCUCUCUACAUGGUGUCGCCUUCACCUUCUGCACCAAAACCUAAAGAGAAAUCUGCCCAAGGGCCCAAGAAGAGUAAGCCAGUAUCGGUCUAUGACUACAAAGGCCCACUGAAGUUCCUCUGCAAGGAAGACCUGGGCAGGGAGCCGCGCAAGGAUUUCUGUCUCUUUUGCGAGGAGCUGACGUCCACCAUGCGCGAGCACAUGCUGGAGAAGCAUCUGAUGGAGAGCGACGUGCAGAGGGCAUACCAGAUGGAGAUCAGCGGCUUCAGGUACAAAGCCUGGAGGUACCUCACCUUGCAGGGCACGGAGGAACACAACAACCAUGAGGCCCUGGACAGCUUCACAGGCUACAUUAUUCCUGCCCAGAUCACUGCAGCUCGCAGGCAGCUGCACCAGAUGAAGAAAUGCGAAUACUGCGAUGCCUGGCUCUGCUCGAACUUGUCAUCGCAUGCCAAAGCAUGUGCUGGCCGAGCUUGGGAUUCAUUCAACGAAAAGGCAGACGCGGCGGCUAAAGUUUGAUGAAGAAACACUCGCUUAUCGAGGUUUGUUGUUUUCUUACCAAGUUUUUUCUACAUGGGAUUAUAUUGAAGUCUGCCUUGUGCAAAAGUCCAUUAUACUGUCACCCUUUUUUAGUUUUGAAUGGAUUUUCUACAUAAGAAUUUGAACACGAAGCUCGUCAAGUCAAUGAUGGCUGGUCAAUUUGAUUGAUUUAUAUCUUUGAGCCUGAAAUAAAAGUAUUAUAAUUAUAAAA